GGUCAGGCCUGCGGUUUAGAGAGUUCCCUCCCGGUCUGUCGGUCUCCUGGGGAGAGGUGACCUAGGAGCCCUGAGCGUCAGGCCCGGGGACUCGAUGUCCAGCCCCGCUAGUGACGUGCUGUGUGACCUUGGGCUAGGCAGUGUUCCCCUCCCGGGCCUCAGUUUCCACAUCUGUGAAAUGGGAUGGUUGAACUCAGGACUAGGAGGUAGGAAGGAGAUCACCGUGCAGGGCUGAGAUGGAUCCGCUCAGGGCCCAGCAGCUGGCGGCGGAGCUGGAGGUAGAAAUGAUGGCUGAUAUGUACAACAGAAUGACAAGUGCCUGCCACCGAAAGUGUGUGCCUCCCCACUACAAGGAAGCAGAACUGUCCAAGGGCGAGUCUGUAUGCCUGGACCGGUGUGUCUCCAAGUACCUGGACAUCCAUGAGCGGAUGGGCAAAAAGCUGACAGAGUUGUCUAUGCAGGAUGAAGAGCUGAUGAAGAGGAUGCAGCAGAGCUCUGGGCCUGCAUGAGGCCCCGCAGGAUCCACCCCGAGGUGCACCCUGUCCCUUCCCACUUGUCUAAUUAAAGUGCCCCUGUGGGGUGUCAUCUGUGAAGACUGUCAGGCCUAGGCUGUCUCUAGAGAGUCUCCGGGAGCCUGAAGCCUGGCUCUCCCCCAGUUGAAGAAUGGGUAUUUGUCACACUGGAAUGUGACUGUGCGUGUGUGUGUGUAUGUGUGUGUACAUUAAAAGAUUUUGUUGA